CCCGAUUCUAAUCAUACACCUACCAAUUCUACAACUUUAACCUCAGCAUCAUUAUCAGCUUCCCAUUCUUCAAAUGCCAAUGUAAUAACUUCAACCACAGCAGCAUCAACCUUCAAUUCAUCAAUUCCAGUAAAUAAAUCUGCAUCGUCAGGGCUGAUCACUGAUUCAUCUGAUCCAAUUACCUCACAUAUACCUUUAUCAAUGAUUUCAUUAUCAAACAUGUCAAUCAGUGCCGUGUCUUUAAGUACUACCAACACAAAAGCCACAAUAUUAUUUAAUUUCACAAAAGUCCACUUGUCAUCAACAGCCAAUUUUCAUAAAGCAGAUUCUUCAUCUCUUAAUGCAGUAACCUCAGCUCAGUCAUCAAGUAUAUCUAUGAGAAGUUCAGUUUCACCAUUAACUUCGAGUGCACCAACUCUAACUACUACAUUCUCAACAUCAGAAUCAAUUUCAGCAAUUUUGAGUAUCACUUCAUCACCUCUGUUAUCAUUAAGUAUGUCAUCCAUUGCUGAACCUCUCAAUACAACCAAUAACCAAGCUGCAGCAUUAUCUAGCUUCUCAACACUUUUUUCACCUUCAACAACUAACAUUGCUUCAACAUCAUCCAUUUCUGGUUCAAACUCUUUAGCUUCAACUGCCUCAUCAUUUGCUAUGUUACAUUCCUCUUCAAACACUGUAGUCAAAUUAUCCACACGUCCAAGUACAUUUAUGACAAGUGCAUCUGCGUCUUCAGUUUCCAGUUUGUCAACUGAAGCUACAUUGACAAAUUCUAGACCGAUUUCUGAUUCAUCAACUGCAUCCUCAGGUGUCACAUCAUCAUUGUUAUCAUCAAGCAAAUCAACAACUGUUGUACCUUUAAGUACAACCAACAUAAAAGCCACUGCACUAUCUACCACAACAGCAGUCUCUUCCUUAUCAGUGACCCACUUUAUUCAAGCAAAUAAUGCAUCAUUAGAUACAAGUUCACCACCUGAUUCUUCCUAUAAAGGUACAAGUUCUUCAGGGUCAAAUGUAUUGUCUGUUGCAAGUUUGCGUCCUUCAGCUUUUAAUGUAGUACCAUUUGCUACACCAUUAAGUUACACAAUGUUAGGAGCAUCUUCAUCACUGGCUUCCAUUUCAUCAGAUCUGACUACAGCUGGUGCAACCAGUACAAAAGGCAUUACAUUAUCUUCUAUUAUAAUAGCUCCUUCUUCACCAUCAACUUCCACUAAUAAAGCAAGUCAUAAAUCACUAAGUACCUCUUCACCACUUGAUGCUUCUCAAUUGCCUACCAGGUCUUCAGAUUCAAUUUUAACAUCCUCUUCAAUUUCGUCUUCAUCAGCAGUCAAUGAAGUAACUUCACCCUUGUCAUCAACUAUAUUUAUAACAGGGGAAUCUUCAUUACCACAUUCCCUCAGUACCAAAACUACUACUUUAUCUACCACAGUCAUAAACUCUUCAUUGUCUUCAAACUACAAAGUUCUUAUGGACAAUACAUCACAAAUUACAACUUCAUCAUCUGCUUCUGAUUCAUCAGCAAGUUCUCCAGUAGUAACUUCAUCAGUUUCUUCAAAAUCAACACUAUCUUCUGCAAAAAAAACCAGAACAACUGUCUCCAAGCCAACAGAUAUAUCGGGAACAACAUUCUUUUCAACUCCAGUUUCCAGUUUAUCACAUCCAUCUACAGUAGCAGGAUCAGCUGCAAUUACUACAAGUUUCACAUCAUUCACACUUCCUUCAUCCAGCAUGAAGGCAACCACAUUGCCAACAACUGCCAGUAGCAUAAACACUAUGAUGGUUACUUCAGCUGUUUCUUCUUAUUCAAUAGUCAAAACAUCAUCACCUAGUGGUUCAAACAAAAAUGACUCAUCUCCAUUAAGAAAUACUUCUGCAUCAUUGCUGAGUCUUUCCUCAGUUUCAGAUCACUUCUCCACAGAUGGCACAUUUCAACAGUUACUACCCUUUUGGGCCAUCAUUAUCACCUUUGGAAUAAUUCUGAUAAUAAUUCUUCCACUACUAAUCUUGUUGUUCAGUGAAUACUUCAGAAGGAUCUGCCGCCGGGACCCAUUGCAAUUCCAUCAUCAUUUUGCCUUAAACGUGUAAUUUUUUUUUUCUUUUGCAUGAAUGGUAAUGGCAUGAAAGUCAUGUUGCAGUCUGUCUUUAGUUUCCUUGAAUACCCGUUAUUAGUCCUUUAUUUGUAAGCAAACUUUGCUCUCUUCUAAUCUUUCUUAAAGCACAUUGAAAAUGUUUGUGCCAUCUUUUUUUUAUGUAUCAAUUCUGUUCUCAUUCUUAAUUGACUGUUUCUUUUUUAUUUAAUAUAUUUACUUGUUGCCCAUUGUUCAAUUAAAUAUGUCACACUUUCAGAAUGUAAAAAGUGUAAAAAGUGAACCUGUGAAUUCUUGCGUGGUGCUGGGGAAAAGGCUUACAAAGGGCUGGUAGGCAUGUAGUUCAUGCUUAUACAAUAUGUUUGAAUUUUAUUUUAUUUAUGUCUUAUUUGUCUUUUAAGUCACUUUAAUUUUUGUAUUAUGGCAAAAUUAACUGUAACCUUUUGGAACAUUAGAAGUCUUGGUUCAAAUUUCAAAAGAACUAGUGUGCUGGAUUGUCUGUGGUUAGAAAAAAAUAUAUAUAAUUUGUAAAAUUAAUUAAUUAACUUAGUAAAUAAGAAUGUGCCCAAAUUUAAAUAACAAAUGCUAUUCUUUGAUUGUUUCUGUCUCUACA